UAACACAAAAUCUAUCGUUUAUGAAAAUCCCACACUUUUCAACACUGGAGGUCGCACAUGUUGCUGCCAGCGAGGUAAACAAAUAUAAAUAAUUGAGUAAAAUGGCCAGAAAAAAGACCCCCAAGAAGAAAGUUGAAGUCGUCUUCGAUACCGAGAAGCGCAAAGAGUUUUUGACUGGCUUCCGAAAACGGAAGAACGAGCGCCGCACACGCGCCAAGGCGGAGCUGACGAAGAACCUCAAAGACGAGCGUAUACGUAUCAGGCAAGAGGUUAAGGAGGGUUUCAAGCACCUCAAGAAAUCCUAUGAACCUCUGAAAGAACUCACCGAGGCGGACAAGGCCGGGGAGGAAAAGCAAGAGACCUACGAGGAUGACGAAGUUCAGGUUAAAAUCGUAGAGCUGUCCACCAAUGACCUUGCAGCACAUGGAAACAUGAUCGGCGCCAACACGGGUGAGGAAAGCGAAGAAGAAGAAAAGCAGUCGGAAAGCGAAGUGGAGGAUACAAGCCGGCCCGAUCGGAUACCCGGCAUGGACUACGACCCAAGUGCACGCAAACGCAAAGCGGCACCGGCUGCAGUGGAGCCAAAGGCCAAGAAACCGGCCCAUUCGGAUGAUCCGGACAUUAGGAGCAAAAAAGAUCUCGACAAGUUGAUGAAGACCAAAACCCUGAAGAAGAUGCACAAGAGCAAAGUUUUCAAGCAGAAGGAGCGUCUGGACAAGCAGGUCAAUCUGAAGAAGGCCAAGCGGAACCACAACAAUACCAUCAAGAGCGUGCCGAAGCAUCAGCGGAAGAAGCUCAAGUACGGUGCCGGCCAACCGACUGUCUACAGCAAGGGCCGCAAGUUGAACAAAAAGGAGAUCCGACGUCAGCGGGGCGACUAGACAGCACUAUACACCAUUUGUUGUUUGUUUGGUUUGCCUAUAAAAUCUAGAUAUCUAACAUAGUUUGGUUUUACGGUUUAUUUACUAUUACACACUAGUUGAUGAAAUAAACUGUUUAAUUUCUAAAAUAAUUUUGCUAAUACGCCGUCACCGUCACCGGCUCCGUCUCCGGUCGCACACUUUUGUUCAUAGGUAUAUUCAUACUUGUAUUAUAGUAUAUAUAUAAAUUAUA